ACCGCAUACAGCUGAACUGCUGGCAAGAGUCCUGCAACUGCAGAGAGAGAGAGAGAGAGAGAGAGAGAGAGCGAGGAGUGAGUAGGUGUGAGUGUUUAAAGCUUUUUAGAGAAUAAGCACCAGGAGAAGAGGAUAAUAAAGACAGAGCAAGCAAGCACUUCUAACUCCACCAUCUCCUUACUCUCAGUGUGUGUGAGAGAGAGAGAGAGAGAGAGAGAGAGAGAGAGAGAAUGUGUGUGGAUCCUGGGGUACUGCAGUAAAAGCGGUGCAGGACUCAACGCAGCACUCCAGAAGACUUCUCAGGAGCUUGAGGAGCAGAAGAAGAGCCUGAGGAAUCGCUUGGUCUGGGAUGGAAGCAUCUGUUCAGUGAGGGAUCUGAGUCACUGAUCUGGGUGCACCUGCUUCCUCGGGGCUUCAGGCUAUGUGUAGUGGCUGAGCUGUGAUAUGGCUGAACGGGCCGAGCAGGUCCAGAAUUCCCUGCUGCAGCACUGUGUCCACUUCUCCCUCCGCUCCCUGUGGCCCAGUCUAAGCGUCUGAUCCUGCCCGGCCCUCCCGUGCGCCCUCCCUGGGCUUCCCAAUCACCAGGCCUCCUGGCUUCACUGCGGGCGCACCAUGGGAGGAUGCCUCUCCAAACCCAAAACAGCAGAGGUCAAAGUUGAGCUCACUCUCCUGGAGAAGGAGAAGGAAGCGGACCUGAUGUCUCCAAACGGUAAAGCGAGUCCCUUCUCGGAGUGCCGCCCGAAUGGUUCACUGGGUCACUGCUCGGAUGAGGACUCGUCUGUCCUGCGUCCAUCGCACAAACACCGAGACUACAUCGAGGCCACAGUGUGCCACGUCAAAGACCUGGAGAACGGACAAAUGCGUGAGGUGGACUUGGGGCCCGGCAGAGCUCUGCUCAUUAAGGAACAUGGAGAAUUCUCUGCCAUGGGGCACAAAUGCCCACACUAUGGGGCACCACUGGUUAAGGGAGUUCUGUCUAAGGGACAUGUUCGGUGUCCGUGGCACGGAGCCUGUUUCAACAUCGCAACUGGAGACAUCGAGGACUUCCCAGGUCUGGACAGCCUGCCCACUUUUCAGGUCAGAGUUGAAAAGGAGAAGGUGAUCAUCCGGGCAAACAAACAGGCUCUACAGACGCAGAGAAGGACAAAGGCCAUGGCCAAGUGCUCAGCCGUCAUCAACUCCAGUACAAGCCUUAGCCACGUUCUCAUCAUCGGAUCAGGCCCUGCUGCAUUAGUGUGUGCAGAGACGCUAAGACAGGAAGGAUUCACGGACCGCAUUGUGAUAUGCACCAUGGACAAACACCCUCCAUAUGACAGGCCUAAACUGAGUAAGUCGUUAGAAAGCACAGCUGAGCAGCUACAACUGCGCUCGACCGAGUUCUUCCUGAGUCACGACAUCGAACUACUGCUGGAGAAAGAGGUUGUGUCAAUCGAUGUUAAAACAAAGACAGUAAUGUUUCAAGAUGGUUAUAAGAUGGAGUACAAGAAACUCUUAAUUGCAACAGGAAGCAGACCCAAGUUAAUAAACUACAAAGGCAAAGACAUAAGCAACGUGUUUUAUCUGAGAACUCCAGAGGAUGCAAACAGUAUAGCCAGACUGGCCAGCAGCAAGAACGCCGUCAUAGUUGGGACCUCAUUUGUUGGUAUGGAGGUGGCGGCUGCGCUUACGGAUAAAGCUCACUCGGUCUCUGUAAUCGGCAUUGAAGCCGUGCCUUUCCGUAAAGCUCUGGGGGAGAAAGUAGGGAAAGCGCUAAUGAAGCUGUUCGAGAUGAACAGGGUGAAGUUCUACAUGCUGAACGAGGUGUCCGAGAUGAGAGGCCAUCAUGGACAGUUAAAAGAAGUAGUGCUGAAAAGUGGCAAGGUCUUACGAGCAGACGUGUGUGUUAUCGGCGCAGGUUCAACACCUGCUACUGCAUUUCUCAAACAAAGUGGUUUGCACAUGGACUCCAAGGGAUUCAUCACUGUGAACAAGAUGAUGCAGACGAACAUGGACGGAGUGUUUGCUGGUGGGGACGUAGUGACGUUCCCGUUGGCUCUCCGCGGCAAUAAGAAGGUGAACAUCCCUCACUGGCAGAUGGCCCAUGUCCAAGGAAGAGUUGCCGCCCUGGGAAUGAUGGGAAAAGCCUCAGAUAUUCGAACGGUUCCUUAUUUCUGGACUGCUAUGUUUGGAAAAAGCGUACGCUAUGCAGGUUACGGGGAUGGCUUUGAUGAUGUCAUCAUCCAGGGAGACCUUGACGAGCUGAAGUUUGUGGCGUUUUAUACAAAGAGUGAAGAGGUGAUCGCCGUGGCCAGUAUGAACUAUGACCCCAUCGUGUCUCGGGUCGCAGAAGUCUUCGGUUCUGGAAAGAUGAUUAAGAAGCGCGAUGUUGAGAUGUUCACCCACGGCAAGACUGGCGAUAUCUCAUGGUUGAUAGAUAAAGGUUUGCAGUGAGAAAUCCACCAGGCUUUCAUUUGGAGCUGUUUAAUGUCAGUGCUGCUGAUUUGGGGACCCUGCAUGUGGGACGAAUAGUUGAAGAAUCUCCUGCACAUCUGCAUACAUCAGUGCCACAUCUGGGCUCACAUGUGGCAUGAACAUGUGGCAUGUUUCCCAAAAAAAACAAAACAAAACCAGGACUCCCUUCACCAAGCUGCGAACAGACCCACACUCAACACAAACCUUAAAGUAAACCAGAGCCACUUUGUUACGAGAGAACGUUGGGUUUCGGAAGCUGAUGUGAUGCUGAGUUUGGCCUUUUCCACUUGGGCACCAAGGAACUACCUGUACACAAUGUUUAUAAAGGGCCAGUGAAUAGGGAACUGUUUGUUGUUGUUUUUUUGUACAUACAACACUGUAAAUAGUUCUUACCUGGAAAUGCAUUGUAACAUGAUGUGAUGGUUUUGGUUUUUACUAAAACUUUGCAACUUUGUAAUGCUACCAAUUAGCUACGGCGUUAAAGAUCACACACUGUACUUGGCCUUUGUACAGAUCUGCAGCUUUCAUAUUUGUACACCCACUUUGGUACGUUUGCUAUGAUAUCGCACCUUGUUUCGGGGGGAAAAAAUCACUCUGAAUAUUUAUAAAUAAAGGCUAAUCGUUAGACAUGUGAUCACUAGCGCACACACACUCUGUACAGUACAGUAUGUCUUGCUUGAAGUCGAGUCGGAGUGGGACUACGGCCAGGUUGCACGCUGUUUAGUGGACAUUUGAGCGUCCCAUAGGUCUUUAUUGUAAGUGAAUGUUUUUUUUUUUUAUAUAUAUUAAGGAGUUCGAAACCUGGCCUGAAGACUAGUACAGUAGAAAUGUCUAAUAAAAUCAAAAGAUCAGUAGCUUGAAGGGCCCUUUUAAUGGAGAAAAGCAUGUUCCCUUGGCAUCAGGCCCUAACAGCUCUUUAAUAUAAUGUACCUCUUAUGGUAACUUUGGUUGCCUUGCUGGUUAAUUGCACAAAAAGUAUAAAAAAUAAUAUAACAUAUUUAAAGCUUUAUUUAAUAGGAAUAAUAAUAAUAGUAUUGAUAGCGAUAUAUAAAAGGUUAAGCUUGUAUUUGCUGUUAUCUUUUAUCGAUUAACGGAUUGAUUAAUUGAUUGACUGAUAAAUAGGUCUAUUUUUAGAUAGAAUGCAAUAGCUCUGAAUGCCGAACUGGUAGUCUUGACCUCCUGAAGCUCCGUUUUGUUACUAACUCAGGGAUAGGAGGCUCAUUUAAAAGGGG